CUCACCCUCACCCUCCAGAAUGGAACCAAUGCUCAAUUCCAAGUUCACAUUUUUAGAUUCACAUGAAAUUGUGAGUGAUGAUCAAGAGAUUCCUACAGCAGAGGAUUUUUCUGACAUUAGAAAGGAUUUGAUUGAUGAACUUUGCAGGGAAGAAAGUUCAAAUAAAUCACACUUGGUUCCUGAACAAAAUUCUUCAGCUACAAAGGACCAUAUGUGUGUUUACCUUCGUAUUAGACCUUUUACAGAAGCUGAAAUUGCACAAAAUGAAUCUCAGGACUGCGUGUUUAUAGAAAACUCAACUAGUGUGAUUCUAAAAGCACCACCAAGUUCCAGAUGCAGUGAUCGAGGAAUUGGCCAGAUGGCUCAACGCUUUAGAUUUUCCCACGUUUAUGGGCCGGAAACCAAACAAAGAGAUGUAUUUGGAGCAGUUAAACCCCUUAUUGAGGAUGUUCUGAAUGGACAGAACUGUUUAAUUUUCACUUAUGGUGUUACCAAUUCAGGGAAAACCUACACGUUUCAAGGACCAGACCAUGAUGUGGGUAUAAUACCAAGGGCGAUGAGUGUUCUAUUUAAGAGUAUUGAAGGAAAAGUUUAUCAAAAUAUGAAUAUUAAACCACAGAGAAGUGCAGACUUUAGUAAAUUAACAGACGUACAAGUGAAAGAGGAGGAAACAUUGAAGAAAUCAGUACUUCACCUAUUAAAUGAGAGUGACCAGUGCAAUGGGAGCAAUCAGCAUAGUUCACUAGAUGCUACCGAAGCAGGCGAGUCACUGAAGUCACUUAGUAUAGAUUAUGGUGAACAAUUAAAGUGUUCUGAAGAAGUUGCUGUGUGUACUCCAGAAAGGUUCAGAUUUUCGAUCUGGGUUUCAUUUUGUGAAAUAUACAAUGAAACGCUUUAUGAUUUACUUGAUCCAGUACAAUGUAAAAAUCAGAAAAGAAACGUACUUCGACUUGUGCAAGAUGCAAAAGGCAACACUUACGUGAAAGAUCUAAAAUGGAUUCAGGUUUCCAAUGCAGAAGAAGCAUGCAUGAUACUGAAACAAGGGAGAAAACAACAAAGUAUUGCUUCUACAAAAGUCAAUCAUCUUUCAAGCAGAAGCCACUGUACUUUUUCAAUAAGAAUCUUGCACAUGGAAGCAGAUGGUCUUCAGGUUGUCCGAGUCAGUGAGUUGUCUCUUUGUGAUCUUGCGGGAUCAGAACGGAAUGCAAAAACAAAGAAUGAAGGUGACAGAUUGAAAGAAGCUGGAAACAUUAAUACCUCUUUGCUGAUUCUUGGAAAAUGCAUUAAUGCAUUGAGACAUAAACAAAUUUCAAAGACACACAGCCAUGUUCCAUUCAGAGAGAGUAAGCUUACUCGCUAUUUCCAAGGGUAUUUCUCUGGGAGAGGAAAAGUUUGCAUGAUUGUUAAUAUCAACCAAUGUGCUUCUAUGUAUGAAGAGACACUUAAUGUCCUAAAAUUCUCUGCUGUCGCACAGAAGAUUCUGCUUGAUUGUUCAAAAUUUUUUCCUGUCCAUUUGGUUUCAAAACGAUCAGCCAGAGCUCUUUCACUGAUUAUCAAUAAUGCAGAAACUGAAUCCUCUUUGGUGAAAAGAGAAACAAUCUCUUGGGAUGCUAGUCUUGAGGAUGUUGUUGAAAUGGAGGAAGGUGAUUCAGAGGCAAUUGAUCUAAAUGAUGUGAAGCAGAUGGAAGAGGAGGAGGAAGAGGAGGAAGAAGAGGAAGAGAAUAUAGUAAUAGGAAAAAGCAAUUAUGAGAAACUACUGGUUUAUAUACAAGAUCUGAAAAACAAAAUUGUUGAGGAAAAAAAAGAAAAGGUGAUCAUGGAAAAUAAAAUCCGUGAAGAAGUUUGCCAAGAAAUGGAAAAAUACAUGUCUCAGUUUGAAAAUGCUUUAAGGGAACGUGCAAAGGAAGAUAAUAGAUUAACAGAAGAUAGAAUUGAAAAACGCAACGAUAUAUUUCAAACUUUAGUCAAAACAUAUGUUGCUAUUGACCAAAAUGAGAAUUCUAUUUCUGAAGAAUGUAUUGAACCAGAAGUCAGUCAGUUGUCCAAUCCACCAAAUUCAUCAAAAUAUGAGAGUCUGGUUAAUACUAAUGUUAUGGGAUACAUCAAAUCCUUGGAGCCAGAUGUUGCUGAAAUCAAGAAGCAAGCUGAGAUAAUCCAACACCAUCUGGUAUCUGCUCCAGAUUCUCAGGAGACUGUUGCACAACUGGAAGCUCGUUUAGCUUGUGUCAUUCAAGAGCUUAACAAAACAAAUGAAGAAUUGAAUAAGAACACUGCUGAAUUGGAGACAUAUAAAAAAACUGAAGUUGAGAGAAAAUCAAAUGAAGCACAUAAGGAAAUGGAGAUCAAAAAGUUGAUGGAUGAAUUGAUUCUCAAGGAUGCUGAUUUGAAUAAAGUGAAAAACCUGCUUGCAAGUUAUGAAGAAAGAAUGGACGAAUAUAGCAAAACUAUGGAAAGCAUUCAAGGAAUGUUGGAAACAUAUAGUAGAACUGAAGUUCCAAACAAUAUGCUUAUGGAAAAUCCUUCAAUAAACAGCAAAGGUACUUAUGAAAGUUAUCAAAAGGAAGAUGAACCACCUUCCAAGAAAGGUUCAUUAAACAAAUGCACAAGCAUGAAAACUCUUGAAUGGAAAGUUGAAGGUAUGAGAAAUGAAUUAACUGCUAAAGAGAAAGCAGUGAUAACAUUACAUGAAGAAAUACAAAACUUAAAGGAUCAGUUAACCUUGGCCCAAGAAAAUCUCAACAAUGACAAAAGCUUAAAUGAAGAAUUGAAUCAAUGUGUUGAAAGGCUUCGGUUGGAUCUAACUUCUUCAGCUGAGACGAUUUCCAAACUAACAGAACAGAUUGAAAAGCAAAAUUCAAAUUGUGAAAAGUUAGGACUUGAGCUUAAAUUUGAGAAGGAAUUAAAUAUGCAACAGUCUGAAAAAAUUAAACAGCUCCAGACAGAGAUUGAAUUGUGUAGGAAUGAAAUUGCACAGAGAGAAGUACAAAAUAAAACACUGGAAGAUAAAAUUGACACACUAAGAAAUUUCCAGAAGGAAUCUGAAUUGAGUAUUGCGGAACUGAAAUGUACCAAGGAUCUCCUGGAAAAUGAAAAGAAAGAAUCUCUGGAAAAAAUGACAGAAAUUAUAUCUCUACAGAAACAAUUAUCUAUUCUUGCUCAAGAAUUAGAUGAGGCAAAAGCUGUAGUGCAAAGACGAGACAGUGGUCCCUUCCAUAAGACAAUUGAAAAGCUGCAGAAAGAAUACGAGGUUGUAGUUAAAUUGUCAUCACAAAAAAGCCAGCAAAUCCAAGAUUUGAAUGAAGAGCUGAAGUGUCUGAAGAAACAAAACGCAGAUCUGCAGGCCACAUGUGCUGAACUGAAAGUAAAUGAAACUACAACUCAGAAUUUGCUUCAGGAAAAGGAUGCUGAACUUAAAGAAUUCAAAGCAAAUUUUAAAGAGACUGAAAAUAAGAUGCAAGCUCUAAUGCAAAACAAAGGAAAUAUUGUAGAUCUUGAGAAAGAGAUUGAAAAUUAUAGACACAUAAUGGAAGCUCAGGAGUUGGAAAUCUCAAAGAAUAAAGCCAAUCUUACUAGAUUUGAAGAACAAUUGAAAGAGAGGGAGGAAUACAUUGCCAAUCUGCAAAAUAAUUUACAAUGUAUGGAGAAGAAACUUGUUGACUCCAACAAAUGUGUUGAUCAUCUUAAACUAAAUUUAAAAUCUCAAGAAGUUAGAUUUAAGAAAGAGAUCAGAGAGGUGCAAGAUAAUUGGCAUGCUAUAAAAGAGACUAUAUCUAAAAAGGAAGGAGAACUGGAGAGUAAGCAUCUUGAGUUUAAUAAGCUGAGAAUUGAACUUUCUGAAAAUGCCACAGAAUGUCAAAGAUUGGAAGUUGACCUUCAGAGGAAAGAUGAGGAGUACAGAGAACUCAAGGAAAAAUACGUAGAUAUCAAGAAACAAAUGCAACAGGUUGAGUCAGAGAUAUCCGCAAAGCGGGAAGAAGAAAAAUCUCUGAGACAAACAGUGUCUGAACUUGAGAGGAUAAAGAAACAAACUAUUCAAGAGCUUAGCACUAAAGAGCGAAUGAUUCAUCAGUAUAAACAGGCAUGCCAAAAUGAGGCUGACUUGAAAAAUAAGGUAGAAAUGUUAAUGACGAACUUAAAUGAAAAAGAGGCUGCUUUAAGAGAACUGGAAAAUCUCUUGGAAGAGAGUAAAACUCAACAUCAAGUGAGGGAGCAGCAGGGCUCAAAUGAAGAAAAUAAACCAAUGCCUGACCCAUGCAACAUACCAGCUGAUACUAAAGUAGAAGAAACUAUACGUCUUUUGCAGACUACUACCAAAGAACUUCAAGACAAAGAGAGACUAAUUCAAGAUAUGAAAACUACAUUAACUGAACAAGAACAAACACAAACUGAGCAGGAUGAAUUGCUUGAAGCUAAGUUGAAUGAAAUUGAAGAACUUAAUGCAGAAUUAGAAAAAUGGAGGAACCAAGCAAAAAAACUUGAGAAGAAAUGCAAUGCACUUGAACGCAAUCAUUUAGUGGAAAGUGCACAUCAAGGUGUUAAUACAGAAACAACACAGUUUCAAGGAGAAAUGGAAGCUUUGAAAAAGCAGUUAGUGGAAAUGGAAGAAAAGCAUACAUGUAAUCGGGAGAAAUGGCUUAAUGAGAAAAUGCUUCUCUUUAAGCAAAUAAAGGAAGCUGAAGAUCAGCGUAAUAAAGAAAUGAGAAAAUGGACAGAAGAAAGGGAACAUUAUUCUAAAUUGCAGUCAGAGAUGGAAAACCUAACAUCUGAAAUUGCUAAGAAGGAAAAGGAAAUGCAGAAAUGGCGAGAAGAAAGGGACGGUUUAGUAAAGGAGUUGGAAGUGCAGCUCAGGAAUCUUAUAACCAGCAAUAAACAGAAAGAUGAAGAAAUAAAAAAACUCCAGGCAUCUGUAAAGGAGUGCUCUGUGGAGUCUGAGGCUGUCUUCGAUUCUUCAGAAAUUUCAACAGAAAAUGGAGAAAAAUCAAGUAGAUUUCCAAAACCAGAAGUAGAGAUUCAAUUUGCACCUCUUCAACCGAACAAGUUGUCAGUAAAAGAAUCAAGUGGCAAUUUGAUUAGUGUGAAAAUACCCAGAACGAACAGAAAAAGAAAAAGCUUUGCAAUGGAGGAGAGUGGUAUGCUGUCAGCCUGCUGGAAAAGCAAUUCACCAAAGAAAUCCUCAGUGGCUGGCACUUACAAGAAUGAUGAUGACUGCGAAAAUAGGAAAAAUAUAAUUGUAUCUAGAAUGGGACGCAAUGCAUCUCCCGUUAUUUCUACUCCCACCAUUAUCAGCAUGGCAGAGAAGGAUGCAAACUGUCCUACUGAUAGGAUAGAAAAGAAUUGCCCAGUCUCAAGCCUCAGGUCACACAAGAGGAAAGAUGGAACAUUGCAGAAAAUCGGAGAUUUAUUGCAAAAUUCCCCAACAGCUCUUCAGAGCAAAGCGAAAAGGUUAAUGGAAACAUUAAGUUCUCCCAAGAACCUGGAAGUUGAAGCUACUUGUAACAAUUCAAAACCCAAAAGAGCAAGGCGGAAGCUUUAUAAACAAGAUAUAUCAUCACCUAUGAAUUUCCCAUCUCAACCAAUAAUAGAGCUGAACAGUAAGGAAAGUGACCAUUUAAUCAUGAAAAGACGAUUACGAACAAGAUCUACUAAAGUGACUAAGUGAUCUUCAUCGUUCAUUGUACAGAAUUUUUAUUAAAAUUGCAAAAUUUUUGCCUGUAUGUUGACCUCUUAUCUAUAUAAAAAAAAGAGGUGUAAAUAUGUUUGAUGUUUUGUACAUGCUUUUACCUUGUAUAACUCAAUAAAUGCAGAGUAAAUGAAUUCUGAAUUAUAACAUCUGAAAACAAAUGAAAAAUACAGCAAGGAAUGGAGCUUCAUAAUUUAAACCAGAUAUUUAAGGAUCUUAUUUUAAAAUGCUGGAGGAACUCAGCAGAACAGCCAGCAUCUACGCUGGGAAAUAAACAGUUGAUAUUUCAGGCCAAGACCCUUGGUACCGAAUAGCCUCUACACAACUUUCAGCCUUGUAAGUUCCCAACUCUCUUUAGUCUAUUUCUACCUUUUACCAAGAAUCCACGUGCAGAAUUGCCAGACAGCGCCAUUCGUUCAACCUACUCUGGCCCCACCAAACUAAUGUUCACUUGCAUUCUCAUCAAACACAAUGCAGUCUUUACCUUGAAAUGCUGACUGGGUGAUCAAUGUGCAUUCAGUGAACUGAGGUAACCAUAUUACCUAAUGCCUGCUACUUAACUCUCCAUCUCACUCUGAUUCUAUCUAUCUGUUUGUGUCCUCCAUCACUGGUGCACCAACGACUAAUGCACAUUUGAAGAACAGCAUCUCAUCUUCUAUCUGGGUACGUUGGAUCUUUCUGGAUCAUUUUCCACAACUUAAAAUAACUCAUUUAUCCUUCAGAAAUCUGUUGUCACAAUUCAUUCAAAAUGUUUUUUUGUUCUUUCAUCUUCUAACUCAUUUACCAGAGGACGUCUGCAAUCUAUGCCCAUAGCACCUGUAGCUUGUGUCUUAUUUAUCUCUUCUCAACUCCUUACUAACUUAAAACUCAAUUUUGAAAUGUUUCUGAUGUGAAAUAGUAAUUACUUACAGAAUUUUCUGUGUAUAUUUCUGACUAUCAGCAUCUGCAUAUUUUAAAAUUUUGAUUGUCAUUUUGAAAGUAUAGAGUCCUGUGGGGUGGCGGGGUGAUGUGUUUCUUUGCAACUGCUGGUUACAAACAGUCUCACGUUGGUAACAGACAAUUGUAGCAAUCAAGGUGUGUUGUGCAGUUUAUGCAAUCUGAUUCAUCAUUUGUUGGCUGAUCAUCUUUCUCCAUUUAAAACAACUAACUUUAUAAUGGAUAGAAGAGUCUGCGGCCUUUCCAUCAGAGAGUACCUACCUUAUCAACAAGGUUGAAAUUCUGCCAUUGUAGUUGGUACUGUUAUUUGCAGGUUUUGUAAUCCAUUGAUAGUGUGGGAGUAAAGACGCAACACAGCUAUUUUUCUUUAAAAUGUAUUAAUCAGGGCAGUACACUUUUCAGAACGAUUUUAUCAAAAUUCUGUGUAUAAGAAAUGCUGGUAAUCGCAUAUUACAUCAGAGAUGACUCAAAAACUGUUUCACAUGUCUCCACAGCACUAGCUUGUUCUGAUCUCUUUGUUAACUCCCACUUAAUUAUAUCUUCACUACUGAAGUGCUUAGCCAAGGUCUGUAUAUUAAAAUGUUUGA